AUGAGCAUCAUCGGAGGGUACCCAGCACGGCGCUUCAGCCGCGCCAGACGCUUAAUCAAUGCGGCUGGAGUGAGCGUCUUUUUCCUGUUCCUGUGGAUGUUCCGUGAACAGCUGGGCCUCGACCGUGUUGGCAUGGAUUCGAGCCUUCCGUGGAUUCCGCGAUUAUCCCAUCAGGGCAUCUUUGACUUCGAGCCGAUCAAUUCGGACGUCAUCCGGGCGAUUUGCGACAAGACGGAGUGGGAUUCGGGAAAGGCGAUGCAGGUUGUGUUUACAUGCGACAACAAUGUCGGCGGGAUUGGGAAUAUCCGCAACUCGAUCUUGAACUGCGUACGAUACACGAUGCUGGCCGGAGGCUCGUUGGUCAUGCCGCGCAUCUUCAAGCGCAGCGACUCGGACAUCUCCCACAUCCGGACGGGGCGGAGACAGGAGAUGGAGUACCUCUUUGACAGGCAACACUUCAUCGACUCGCUGCAUCUCUCGUGCCCCCAGCUGCGGCUCUACAACGACACCGACGAAGUCUACGAAUCCCUAGGACCAGCACGAACAUGGUCCCUCGGCCUCUUCCCGGAAUCCCUUGUCGAUGAGGAGCAAAUCGCCAGCACGGGCAUUGAGCAUCCGGAAAAGUGGCAAUCGCAGCUGCACAAGUGGCUCGACGACAUCAAAAACACCACCGACACCGCGCCGACCGGGCGUCCCACGGAGGGCCCGAUGAUGGUGGACCUCGGCCGGUCAUACCUCACGUACCCGAUCAACAGCGACGGCGAGGUCUUCGCGACGACCUUUGGCACCAUUCUCGAGUUCCGCGCGGACGUCCAGCAGCUCGCGACCGCCACGAUCCUCAGCAUCAACCGGCACUUCUUCGGCGCGCACCUAUUCACCGAGAAGGAAGCGCUCGACAGCUGGAAUCCGGUGGAUCCGAUGCGGGAGUGGUCCGAGUAUAGCAAGCAGACGGACGCAUUCUUUGACCAGGCGAGUCGAUGGGGCCUGUCAGUCAUGUACGUCGCGUCCGGGAACGAUACGCAGGUGGCGAUGCUCGAGGCGGACGCGGUGCCGCGCGGGGUGCGGGUCGUGACGAAGCAUGACCUGCUGACGGGGAAGAAUCGCAAGAGGCUAGAUGCGUUGACGUGGGAUCAGAAGGGCACGAUUGACUUUCUCGUCAUGUUGGGAGCGGCACAAUUUGGAGGCGUGGGACCUUCGAGCUUUGCGUGGAACGUGGCGCUGAAGAGGCAUCUCUUUAUUACCAAGGAGAUUUCCAAGGAGAAGGACGCGUUCUUGAAGGGGCCGCAAAUGUUCAGUGAUGAUCUGAGUCAAAUUUAUGGCGUGCCGGGGAAGUAUCCCGAGCUUACUAAGCUACUGGAUGCGCGGGGUUCCCUGAGUUGGCAACGACUCUUGGUUCUCCCCAUCACCCUUUUGCGUCGCCCAUCACCAGAUGCCAAGACAAAUGCCCAGAUGGAGACUAUUCCGGACCCCCAAGAUCUCCCGCCAGACCCACGACUUCCGGACGAACAGCCUCGGUACUCCCGCGACAACAUCAUCGCCUCUCUCACAUCUUUCUACCAGAGUCUGCCGCACGUCGACCCCUCUCUAGUUCGUCACGCGCCGUCGGGGGGUUGGCCAGAAAUCACCCCUGAGGCGCUCGCGGCCACUGGGAUGCGAAAUUGUAACGAACGAGUCGUGGACUUAAUCGGGCAUCUGCCGUACAUUGACGGCAAUCCCCUUUGGAUCACUCCGGAAACAUUCCCCAUCAACUACCGUACCGCCGUGUCUUUGAUACCAGCCGUUGGAGUGUUCAAGCCCAAAUGGCUGCAUGCUCUGUCUCAUGACCUUCAGUCGUUUGAGGGCUUUCCGCCUUGGGUGAUCCCUCUCACUAUGAGUGUAAACAGGGACGGUGACAUAUGGCUACUGGACACGAUGGACGGCACAGUGACGAAGUAUAUCAUCACGGGGCCUGUGUACCCCGAGCCGGUGGGGCGAUAUGGAGAGGGCGAUCCUCGGAUAUGGAGAGAGACAUUGUGCGACGACAUCACUCUUCCCCUGAAGGCGUGGCUGGAGGGAAUACUCGACAAGUUCAAGGCGUUUGAGUACUUUGGCCUUCCCCGUCACGACGACCCAGGCGUCCUGUCGAAAGGUCACUGGAGUGAGGAAAUAAAAGAAAUUAAAGAGAUUCUUGUCCAGAACGGAUGGCCAGAAGACUACAAUAGUGCGGGGGGCCGCAAUAAACUAGUGGAAUGGGUGAAGAAGGCAGACAUCUAG